AUUAUUGCUGUGCGUUGCUGCGCUCUUCCGUUAAGAAACGGAUAUGAAAAGGGGGAAGCAGACGCGGAGCUACGGGGCCGCCACCCUCGUGGCUCACCUUGUCUUCCUCCUCCUCCUCCUGCUGCUGCAGCUCCUCGCUGCUGCUGGCGCUGGAACGAGUAAUUCCAGUGCAGAGGGCGAUGCUUUGGCGCUGUUGGCCUUCAAAGCCUCUGCCGACCGCCUUGAUGUCCUGAGGUUUGUGGUGAAGAAGCGGUGGGACUACUGCGGAUGGCCGGGGGUGAAGUGCGCUCAGGGCCGCGUGGUUAGGCUGGUGCUCGAAGGGCUCGGCCUUAAUGGCACUUUUGCGGAUGGCACCCUGAGCAAGCUGGACCAGCUCAGGGUGCUCAGCCUCAAGGGGAAUGCCCUCUCUGGCCCUAUCCCUGACUUCUCCUCUCUUUCUGAUCUCAAGGGCCUUUUCUUGGACUACAAUCGCUUCACAGGCCCGUUCCCAACAGGUCUGAUUUCUCUCCAUCGCCUUCGCACCAUUGACCUCUCUCACAACAACCUUUCUGGCCCUUUGCCGCCAACCCUCGUCGACCUCACCAGACUCUACAACCUCCAGCUCAACGACAACCGCUUCAAUGGCACCAUUCCCCCUCUUAACCAGACCUCCCUCGCCAUCUUCAAUGUCUCCAACAACCUCCUGACCGGCCCUGUGCCCAUCACAAGAGCACUCUCCCUCUUCAACUCGACAUCUUUCUUCGGGAACCCUGAGCUUUGUGGAAAUGGGAUCGGCAGGCCGUGCUCCCAACUGGGCCUCUCACCCAGACCGUUCUUCAUCACCACAGCGCCAGAAGCAGCCCAAGAACCACAGCAGCCAGAGAUCGACGGGAUCGCGGCACCUCCAAAGAAGCAGAGGAGUAGGAAAUGGGUUGCAGGGGCGUUGAGCAUAGCAGGGGUUACGGUCUGCUGCUUGUUUCUGUUGGGUUUGGGGAUCAUUCAUAGGAGGAGAAAGAGGAGGAUGAAUGUGGGAGAUGGAGAGGUUGAGGAGAAACUGGGGGCGGCGGAGAAGGCAGCAUCAGAGGCAGGGACAGAGGAGAGGAAGGGGUGGAGGGGGAUGCAACAGGGUGGGGGGAAGAGCGGGAGCCUGACGUUCUGUGCGGGGGAGAUGCAGACAUACACACUGGAGGAGCUUCUGAGGGCGUCGGCGGAGAUGUUGGGGAGGGGGACGGUGGGAACAACAUACAAGGCGGUGCUGGAGAGCCAGCUUAUUGUGAGUGUCAAGCGGCUCAAUGGAGGGCGCUCGGUGAUGGGGAGGGAGGAUUUUGAGAGGCGCAUGCACACUCUCGGAAACCUGCGUCACCCAAACCUCGUGCCGCUUCGGGCUUAUGUCCAUGCCAAGGACGAGCGGCUGCUCAUCUAUGAUUACCAGCCCAAUGGGAGCCUCUUCUCACUCAUCCAUGGCUCUAGAUCAGCUCGUGCGAAGCCUCUUCACUGGACCUCCUGCCUGAAGAUAGCAGAAGACGUAGCACAGGGCGUGGCCUACAUUCACCAGGCAUCCCCACUAGUCCAUGUCCACGGCAACCUCAAGUCCUUAAAUGUCCUCCUAGGCUCGGACUUUGAGGCCUGCGUCACCGACUACGGCCUCACUCCCCUUCUUGCCGACGGUGAGGGCACAUCCGAUCAAUCAGAGGAGACAGCAGCAGGGUACUACAGAGCACCAGAGCUGACAAAAUCCAACAAGAGAAUGAGCAGCAAGUCUGAUGUGUAUAGUUUUGGGGUGUUGCUGCUUGAGCUCUUGACUGGUAAGACACCAAUGCAGUCGUUUCUGGUGAGCAUGGACUUGGCGCGGUGGGUGAGAUCAGUGAGAGCUGAGGACGAUGGCUCGCCCAACGAUGACAAGUUGUUGAUGCUGCUGAAUAUUGCAGUCGCAUGCCUUUGCCCCUCGCCUGAUCAGAGGCCAACCAUGAGACAGGUGCUGAGGAUGAUUCAGGAAGUUAAAGAGAGAGAAACGGAGUUUGUUGGAAUCGAUUUGGAGAGCAUGGCAAACUAACAGAAUUUGGAGUACCACAUCAACAUGGGCUCUCAUCUGAUCACUAUUGCCUUCAUUCAAACCAUGAUGGUGCCAAGAAUGAGUUCAUGUAAUUGUAAAGGGCCGUUUUUUGUGUCGUUCCCACCGAAAAAUGGGUGGCCAAACUAGUUAUGAUUUUUGACUUUGCUCAUCAAGUUAUGGAAAUGUGGAUCGCAAAUUCGACCUUUUGCAUGGCAUUAUGGAAGAUGUGGAUACCAAAAUUAUGUAAAUGGAAUUCAAUCUACAUUUUUUCUUAAAUGUAGAUGUUCAACUCAUAUGAAAACGAAUCCGUGGUUGAUGAAAUCCAUUUGUAGUUGAUGAUUGUAUUUUAACCCUCAGACCUAGUGAAAUGUUGAUGAUAACCGAAUUUCAAUGGAA